CCGAGCGCGCGCGCGACUGCCCCGCGAGGACCGCACCGUCUCGCACAGCAGCGUGCAGGGUCAAAGACAGCCGGCCCCCCAUGUCAGUGGUCUAGGAUGGCCAGUGAAGGCACCAACAUCCCAAGUCCUGUGGUGCGUCAGAUUGACAAGCAGUUUCUGAUUUGCAGUAUAUGCCUGGAACGGUACAAGAAUCCCAAGGUUCUCCCCUGUCUGCACACUUUCUGCGAGAGGUGCCUGCAGAACUACAUUCCCGCCCACAGUUUAACCCUCUCCUGCCCCGUGUGCCGCCAGACCUCCAUCCUGCCCGAGAAAGGGGUGGCCGCACUGCAAAACAACUUCUUCAUCACAAACCUGAUGGACGUGCUGCAGCGAACUCCAGGCAGCAACAUCGAGGACUCUUCCAUCCUGGAGACCGUCACCGCUGUGGCUGCGGGAAAGCCCCUCUCUUGCCCAAACCACGAUGGAAAUGUGAUGGAAUUUUACUGCCAGUCCUGUGAGACCGCCAUGUGUCGGGAGUGCACUGAAGGGGAACAUGCAGAGCACCCCACGGUCCCGCUCAAGGACGUGGUAGAGCAGCACAAGGCCUCACUCCAGGUCCAGCUGGAUGCUGUCAACAAGAGGCUCCCAGAAAUAGAUUCUGCUCUUCAGUUUAUCUCGGAAAUCAUUCAUCAAUUAACCAACCAAAAGGCGAGCAUUGUGGAUGACAUCCAUUCCACCUUCGAUGAGCUCCAGAAGACUUUAAAUGUGCGGAAGAGUGUGCUGCUUAUGGAACUAGAAGUCAACUAUGGCCUCAAACACAAGGUCCUCCAGUCGCAGCUGGAUACUCUGCUGCAGGGGCAGGAGAGCAUUAAGAGCUGCAGCAACUUCACAGCGCAGGCCCUGAACCAUGGCACGGAAACGGAGGUGCUGCUGGUGAAGAAGCAGAUGAGCGAGAAGCUGAACGAACUGGCCGACCAAGAUUUCCCCUUACACCCGCGCGAAAACGACCAGCUGGAUUUCAUCGUGGAAACCGAGGGGCUGAAGAAGUCCAUCCACAACCUCGGGACCAUUUUAACCACCAACGCGGUGGCCUCCGAGACGGUAGCCACAGGCGAGGGGCUGCGGCAGACCAUCAUCGGGCAGCCCAUGUCCGUCACCAUAACGACCAAGGACAAAGACGGCGAGCUGUGUAAAACCGGCAACGCUUACAUCACGGCGGAGCUGAGCACGCCCGACGGCAGCGUGGCGGACGGCGAGAUCCUGGAUAACAAAAAUGGCACCUACGAAUUCCUGUACACCGUCCAGAAGGAAGGGGACUUCACCCUCUCUCUGAGGCUGUACGACCAGCACAUCCGGGGCAGCCCGUUCAAGCUGAAAGUCAUCCGCUCGGCUGAUGUGUCUCCCACCACCGAGGGUGUGAAGAGGCGCGUGAAGUCCCCGGGCAGCGGCCACGUGAAGCAGAAAGCUGUGAAAAGACCCGCGAGUAUGUACAGCACUGGCAAGCGAAAAGAGAACCCCAUCGAGGACGAUUUGAUCUUUCGAGUGGGUACCAAAGGAAGAAAUAAAGGAGAGUUUACAAAUCUUCAGGGGGUAGCUGCAUCUACCAAUGGAAAGAUACUAAUUGCAGACAGUAACAACCAAUGUGUGCAGAUAUUUUCCAAUGAUGGGCAGUUCAAAAGUCGUUUUGGCAUAAGAGGGCGCUCUCCUGGGCAGCUGCAGCGGCCCACGGGAGUAGCUGUGCAUCCCAGUGGGGACAUAAUCAUUGCAGAUUAUGAUAAUAAAUGGGUCAGCAUCUUCUCUUCAGAUGGGAAAUUUAAGACAAAAAUUGGAUCAGGAAAGCUGAUGGGGCCCAAGGGUGUUUCUGUGGACCGAAACGGGCACAUUAUUGUGGUGGACAACAAGGCAUGCUGCGUGUUUAUCUUCCAGCCCAACGGGAAAAUAGUCACCAGGUUUGGUAGCCGAGGAAACGGGGACCGGCAGUUUGCAGGUCCCCAUUUUGCAGCUGUAAAUAGCAAUAAUGAGAUUAUUGUUACAGAUUUCCAUAAUCAUUCUGUCAAGGUAUUUAAUCAGGAAGGAGAAUUCAUGUUGAAAUUUGGCUCAAAUGGAGAAGGAAACGGGCAGUUCAAUGCUCCCACGGGUGUAGCAGUGGAUUCAAAUGGAAACAUCAUCGUAGCAGACUGGGGAAACAGCAGGAUCCAGGUUUUUGAUGGGAGUGGAUCCUUUUUGUCCUACAUUAACACAUCUGCGGACCCACUCUAUGGCCCCCAAGGCUUGGCCCUCACAUCAGAUGGCCAUGUUGUGGUUGCAGACUCUGGAAACCACUGUUUCAAGGUCUAUCGCUAUUUACAGUAAUGAUGGGCAUAAUGACAGACAACCCUUCCAAAGGUCUUGCACUAUAAACUGGAAUGGAUUUCUCGACGCGGGACCAGAUUAUGACUAAUCUUUUUAAGCUAGAAGGAAUCAUUGGUGAAUUUUCCAAGGUUAUUUCUGAAUGUAACAGUUUCCUUAAAAACUGCUUAUACAAUUUCCAUAAUUCACCUAUGGGGUUUAAAUAACAAACCUCCUCUACUGAAUCUGUAAAAACUGCAAAUUUUACAUCUGUGAACUAUGGCUUAAAGGACAAGAUUUAUGUAGUUAAUUUUGCAAAUCAAGCAAACAUCUAAAAAAAACUAGAAUAUGUAAAGGUAUUUGUUGAUCCUGUGAAUGGUAGCUUUUGCACAGAGCUUCCAAAAACAAAACAAAAAUAAAAUCUGUUGUAGUUAUAUAUUUCAUUAACCUAGGUCACCAGACCCAGGGAGUCUUCUAACCUCACUUUUACAGUAGGUUAUUCUCUUGUGACAUUUUUUUUGGUUAUCAACAACUACAUACAUACUUUAGAAAAAGUAAGACACUCUUGCAAAAUCCUCCCAGCUCUGAUUUAGCAGGCCUCUUGAGUUUAGCACUUAAGAAUCAAUGCAAAUUUCCAAGCCUUUCUGGGUUAGACAAAGAUUCUUUUUCGUGUGUUUUUUUCACCACCUCUUUCCUGUGAACCUAGUGUCAGAAAACAAAGUAUAUCUUCAGGGAAACCUGGAAUUCCUAGUGCUUUGAAAAGCAUAUUACAAAACAGUGCUACCUUUUGGUAAACAAACUGCCCCGUUAAACUCCAGAUUAAUGCACUGGAAUGUAAUCAAGAAAAAGUCUUAUGUGCCAUGUUUUCACACGUGUCUCUCCUCUUCCACUUCAUGAAAGCAAAAGCUUUAUCUUCUGCAAAAUGUCAGCACAUGUAGUAGGACACCAGUAUCCUAGGACAGAGAGCCAUAAGUAGCCCUUUGGAGGACUGAUGGUGUCAACCAAAGGCAUGUGAUUGAUUGAUUAAUGAUUCCCCCUUAGAAAGCAGGUGUUACCAAAGUUGUGUUAUCUUGAAAGCAUUACAGGUAAGGGCAUGUUAUGGUUAUUUAUCAUUGUUUAAUGAAUAGUAGAGGUGUUAAGGGACUAUGUAUACAUGAUUAGGGUAAGAUAGAAUGUAUUUUAUAUAUAUAUAUAUGUAUAGAAUUAAAUCUUUGGUGUAUUGAAAUAGGCAGCACUCUGGAAGACAGAAGCAUCGUCCAGCCAUUCUUCAGCACAUUCCUUUACUACAUAGUUUAAAGCCGUCCUAGUGGAGCAAGCCCUAAAACAGAUUUAAUUUUUGACAUUUUCCAGGAAUGAUGGUAAUGGCUGACUUUUGGUCAGAAAAUGACCUUCUGUGCUUUCAAAAAAAA